CUGCCCGGGUCUGUUUUCGAAGUGAAGACACGAACCUGGUGGCCAACGGGUUGGAGGAGAUCUGGGGCAGGGAAAGGAACUCUUCGCGAUCGAUCGUGCCCGAAGCAUCCUAUUGUGAAUGAGUGUGAGUGAAUUGGUAGAGAUAAACGAGAGUUUCUAUCCUGGGAGAUAAUAUGCGGUACCUUAUCGAGCUUCAUGAAACGUUUGCGCAGGCGGUCCACCUCUUCACGGUCGACUAUUGCGGGGUGUCAGUUCCAGGUGGGGGGAGUGUUUCAUCAAGUCGGAUUCGGGCUUGUCGCAACGAGUGAACAUACAGUUGGACGUGGAGACGAUAUUAUCGAACAGCUGAGUAGUGCCGACAGAACCUCGGCGGCGCUGGACAUGGUGCAUGGCAGCCGUGUUGGGCUCGGCGGGUUGGUCCAUUUCGGGGGAGAGAGGGGAAUGUGAGCCGGGAAGGUAGGGAGGCGAUUCCAGUGAAGAGGAGAAGGAGGGGGGGGGAAGGGAGGGAGAAAGAGUUUACGUGAAUUUGUGGAGAAGGCAAGGGAAAAAAAGAGAUAAGAGUAACCCGUAGAAUCAGAUAAGCGGAGAAAUAGGGAGACGAGGGGAGAGGUCAAGAGAAAGGGAAGGUCCAAAACAAGUCCAGAAGCGGAAAGCGCGAGCGGUCCCCCACCUGGUGGGCACCUGAUAGACUGCCUUAUACACCAGGCAUCAAAGCCUCAUCAAGCAAGCGAGCCCCUGAGGCCGUGCGCGCGGCCAAAACAGGCCAUCACCGGGUGACAUUGCAACGUCAACCCAUCCGCUUGCCGAGAAUCCCCCAAUCUUCCAUCGUCGAUAUCUACCCCCCUACCAUCCAUUUUCAUCACAAUUUUACGACUACGAGAAAGCGCAUGACCAGACCUUUCGAGUGAUCCCCAUUUUGCCAACCCCCCGCCCAUGGUCGUUGCCCUUUUGCGCGUCCCGUCGCUAUGACUCGGUACGGGGGCCUGGGCCGGACGCGCCCGAAAAAGCUCACCUCCAAGGCGUCCAUUCCCAUCGUCCGCGAGCACGAGAUCGAUGUCGUAGACGAUGAGAUCCAGUCUACCCUACAACAGAUCGAGACCGGUGUCGAAAAGGCUGAGGAGUCGGAAUUCCACUUGCAAGCCGCGAUCAAUGCUGCCGCUCAGGGCAAAGACAAUGAUGCGCAUAUCCCCACUCGGGAGGUCAUCGUCAGUGACAUUCCGUAUGCCAAACUGUACCCCCCGAUCUUCUCGCAACCCGCGACCUACAUUCGCUUCUCCUCCACGGUGGAGGAUUGUUGCGGAUGUCCGUACAAUAUGAAUGAAGAAGAUGAUGCAUGGCUGAAGAAUUACAACUCCAAGCGCGACGCUUCCAGUCAGUGCUCCGAGGAUGAUUUCGAGGCCACAAUGAACUUCUUCGAGGAGACUGCCCAAACCAAACAGCCUUUUGCUGCCGUUGAUAGUCCCCCCGUCCUCUCCUUUGCCGAUAUGGCCGAGUCCAUGGAUGCUGCCGUAGAAGAAAGUGUAAAGCGCUUCGCCAAGGACAUCUAUGAGCACUGGAAAGUGCGCCGUUUGGCUACGGAGAACCUCCCACUGGAGCCGAUGUUGAAGUUUGAAACUGGUCAAGAUACAGAUGAUAGCGAUCCCUUUGUCUGUUUCCGCCGUCGUGAAGUGCGCCAGAUUCGCAAGACUCGUGGGCGCGAUGCGCAAAGCGCGGAGAAGCUUCGCCGCCUUCGUAAGGAGCUGGAAGAUGCUCGGCAAUUAGUUGCAUUGGUGCGCCAGCGCGAGGUCGCUCGUAAAGAGAUGCUUGGCAUGGACCGCACGAUAUUCAUGCAGCGCAAUGAGGUCAAGGAGAUGAAGCGUAAACUCAACAUCAAGGACGAUGACGAGGACCUUAUCAACCAGAAGCCAAAGAAGAAGACGAUCGAGAUGCCUCCUCGGCAACCCAAUGCGCCCCAGCUUCGCAUGCCUCUCAAGCCUGGUCUCCAAGGUGCAGAGGAUCUGCAACUGCUGGAGGACGUACAGUCCGAAAAGGAGAACGAGAUUCUUCGCGAUAUCAAGGCAAAUAUUGCCAAGCAUAUCAAGUGGAACGAGGGCUUUGUGGAUCUUACCCGCGCACCACUUUCCCCAUCCCCCGAAAGGACAUUCGACGCUGCCGCGUUCCGUCCUGCGUUCACGGCACAACUCCCCACUCCUCCAUCAUCAGAAUCUUCGGGCGAUGUGAUGGACACCUCAUUAGAUGUGACCAGCCCACUCUUCUCCAAGGAUAAGCUUACUUCGCGGGCCCUGGAGCUGCAUGAUCAGCCACACCGUAUGCCGUCCUUCCGACGCCGAGUGGGACGAGGUGGUCGAUUGUUCAUUGACCGUCGAAACCUCGUGUCGCGCUGUAGAGUCGAACUGGAUCCGUUGCAGGCCGAUCGCUUCAAGUUUGAUCAGGAGGAUUCUGAUGAGGAGCCUACCUAUGACACGGAUGCAUACAGCAUCCAGAUCAUGCAGCACCGCGCCAUCACAAUGGCAAAGGCUCGCGAACAAGCCGCAGUGGCUGCCCAAGCUCAUGCGCAGGCGCAAGCACAGGCAGCUCAGCAACGCCGAUUGCAGGCCGACCAAGCCGGGAAUCCCCAGGGUGCGAAUCCUGUCCCCGUCGCCGUGACUGCGUCGUCCGAGGCGUCAUAAGCGGUGUCUGUCGUCUGCUUUCUGCCACCUCUUUUCUUUGUCUUGAUUAUUCCCUCCCCGUUUUUUCAGCAUUUGGCGGGCGUUUUGCGCGUGGUUCGCUUGGGUCUUUUUUCCCCCCUUCGUCGCCCCUUAUUUCUCGUUCCCAUCUUCCUAUCACCCUUGUAGUUUUAGUACCACCUCCCUUUAUGUUCUGACGACCCGCGCGCGACGAAGGGUUUCGAUGGAGCCCGGCUUUUUGCUUUUGAUUCGCACACCCACCUCCCACUUCUCGCUCCCCCACCCCCGGAGCACCUUUUCCAUCUCAAUCUCUCACACUGCGGGAGAUACCAAAGCCGGAGCCGAACGGCGCACGCAAUGGCUGGCUUUCGCUUGCAGUGCUGCCUCAGCUUCAAAAGGUCUUCUGCAUUGUUAGUGUACAUAUUAUUUUUCUUUUCUUCACCUUUCCUGUUCUGGGGAGGAGCAUGCGGGUCAUGGAAUGGCUCCUUUUUUUGUAUGAUGGAUAACCCGAAGUUAUGAUGCCAGCGACGAUGGGGGAGAAACGAAGAAAGGCAGAAAAUAAAGACUUCAAAAUCUAACAGAAAUAAAAUCAUUCGCAAAAACUUUUGGUCGUUCUGGUUCUGGAUAGAGGGCAAUCGAGGUCGGCCGAUGGUGGGAAAGGGUAGAUUGGGUAUUGUGGUAGUUGCUCACACGCGUGCAGCCUUGAAGUGUCUGGUAUCGGUAUGACCGUUGGCACUGCGCUUAAGGGAUCCGCCGGAGACGAGGGGUUCCAACAUGGCAAGAAUGGCUUGCAGAACCUCUUUCUCGCCAAUGCGCACCUGCAGAGCCAUCUUGUGGCGACGGGCAGAUCCAUCUAAUGAGGCGGGGGCGUUUGGAGGGAGAAGGCUGCUGAGGAGUUGCAUGUCCUCGCCGAGAGAGCUCCCGUACUGCGCUUGCUUGGUUUGCAGGAUCUUGAAGAGAAGGCUGGCUUGGUUGCUCUCCAUGGCAGGCUUGGGCAGCUUGUUCUUGGAACGACGCUGCUCAAACUCUUCUGGUGUCAGGGACAAGGUGGUGAGAAGGACGACAAGCUCGGCGGGGAGAAUGUCCUGCAGAGACGCGUUGGGUGCUGGCCGAGGAAUCACAUAGCCGUCUUCCAGGACGUCGUUUUCCUCGAGGAGUUCCAGCUGUUG